AUGGAUGGGCAACAGUCUAACAGGCAGCACAGAGGUGCUUCCAAUAGGAAGACUGCAAAAGAGAAACUUCACAGUCAAGGCCACAAUGCAAAGGCAUUUGCAGUUUCUAAACCUGGGAAGAUGAGAAGGCAGAUUGCAAGAUCUAGUGAUAUGAGAGAGAAGAGAUUACAUGUUCCUAUGGUUGAUAGGACACCAGAGGAUGAUCCUCCACCAGUUAUUGUGGCCGUCGUUGGCCCUCCUGGUACCGGAAAAACAACUCUUAUCAGAUCUCUCGUGAGAAGAUUAUCAAAAACUACACUUACAGAAAUCAAAGGACCAGUUACAGUGGUGAGUGGAAAGAGAAGAAGACUUACUUUUAUUGAAUGUGCGAAUGACAUGAAUUCUAUGAUAGAUAUAGCUAAGGUUGCCGACAUGGUGCUUCUUUUGAUUGAUGGUAAUUACGGCUUUGAAAUGGAAACCAUGGAAUUCCUGAAUAUUGCCCAACAUCAUGGUAUGCCAAAGAUGGUUGGUGUGGCAACGCAUUUGGAUCUUUUCAAAAAACAGGCAACCUUAAGAGCAUCUAAGAAAAGACUCAAAAAGAGGUUUUGGACUGAAGUUUAUCCCGGAGCAAAGCUCUUUUACCUAUCGGGUGUUAUCAACGGAAGAUACCCGGAUAGAGAGAUCUUAAACUUGACCAGAAUAAUAUCUGUUACGAAAUUCCGCCCGUUAAAGUGGAGAAACGAGCAUCCAUACAUGCUGGCCGACAGGUUGGUAGAUUUAACUCAUCCAGCCCUAAUUGAACAUGAUUCCAAAGUUGACAGAAAAAUCGCUCUUUAUGGGUAUUUACACGGUACUCCAUUGGCCAAGGAACAUGGCCGAGUUCACAUUGCCGGUGUAGGUGACUGCACAAUAGCAAAUGUUGAAAAACUUCCAGAUCCAUGCCCAACGCCAUAUUUCGAGCAGAAGAUGGAUGAAUUUGAAAGAGAGCAAGCUAAAAAAGCAAAAGAACAGGGCUUAGAGGCACCUACAAGAACAAGAAGACACCGAAAGAGACUUGAUGAUAAAAAUAAGAUAAUAUACGCACCGAUGUCGGAUGUUCGGGGUGUUUUAAUAGAUAGAGAUGCGGUGUAUGUUGAUGUCGGUAAAGGUGGUGAUUCAAAUGGAGCAAAGAAAGAUGAACUUACCACAAAACUUGUGUCGGAUUUGCAGAAUGCAGGAGAAUUAUUGGAUUCUAGGGAGAAGAGCCAAAAGCAGAGUGCAAUCAGACUUUUCAGUGAUGGUCCUAAUGUUUCGGAAGAAACUGUGGAAGAUGCAGAAGACGAUCAUAUAUUAGAAGGCGAGAAUGGAAGAAGCAAAUUGAGACAUGCUAAAGUGUAUGAGAUUGGGGAAAAGAAUGCAGAUAGUGUUAAGAACAUUGAGGAGGACAAACAAGUGGGAGACAAACCUGCAUUUGAAUCUGAAUCCGAGUUUGAGCUUAGUGAAGAUGAAGAAAAAAGUGAUUUGAAAAAUGAAUGGAAGGAAGUUGGUGGGAAAUUAAAAAAUGUUGAGGUUAAGAAGAUCUGGGAUAUUAAUAAGUUGAUCUAUAUGAAUAACAUAGACCCGGAUGAUGCGAUAUUAAGAUGGAGAAACGAGGAAGAGGAAUUGGACAAAAAUGAGGAUAGCGAUGAAGAAUUGAUAGCAGAUAAAGAUGAAUUUGAAGGAUCUGAAAAUGUUGGUGAAGACGAAGAUAAAGAUAAGGGUGACGAUGAAGACGAAGAUGACUUUUUCCAAAAGAAAAAUACAGGUGACGCAAACGAAGAAAUCGAUACAAACAAAAUUGCCUUGAAGAGCUCAGAUGAAUUACGGGAGGAAUGGAAAGAGGAAGGUAGCUCUAUGGAGAGAUUAAAGGAGCGCUUUUUCAAGUCUGCCAAACAGAGACUAGCAGAAGAAGAAGAAGACGAGGAAGAUGGAGAUUUUGAAGAUUUGGAGGCAGAUGAAAACAAAGAAGAAGAAGUUGAAGAGGAGGAAGGAAAGGAAGAAACAGAGGACAAUGAUUUUGUGGACUUUGAUGAGGAAGAGAAGAAGGCAGAAAAAGAAGGAGAAGAGGAUGAUGAUAAUGAUGAUAACGAAGAAGAAGAGGAUGUGGAUAUUAGCAAUCUUCCAAUCGAGGAACAAAGACUUUUGAAUGCGCAAAAGAAGCAGAAGCUUAUUGAACAAUUUGAAGAGGAAGAAGGAGGAGUGGAAGGAAAAGAAGAUAAUAUAUUCACGGAGGAAGAUACUUGGUAUGAGUUCCAGAAGGCCAAGAUGGCCCAGCAACUUGCUAUAAAUAAGCAAGAGCUCUCUGAACUAGAUAAUGAGACCCGUGCAAAAAUUGAGGGAUAUUCUGCUGGUUCAUAUGUCAGAGUGACUAUUGAUAAAAUGCCAAUGGAGUUUGUUGAAAACUUUGAUCCACACUAUCCAAUUUUAAUGGGUGGGCUUUUGCAGACCGAGGAACGAUUCGGAUUCCUCAAUGUGCGUAUCAGACGGCACAGAUGGCACAAGAAGAUUUUAAAGUCGAAUGAUCCGCUAAUAUUAUCAUUGGGAUGGAGAAGAUUCCAGACGCUUCCUAUUUACACUACUACCGAUUCUCGAACGAGGACUAGAAUGUUGAAAUAUACACCAGAGCAUGCGUACUGUAAUGCAACAUUUUUUGGACCGUUGGUUGCACCAAACACCAGUUUUUGUGCAGUUCAGAUGGUUGAUAAGGACGAUACUACUGGAUCAUUCCGAAUUGCAGCUACCGGUGUGGUUGAAGAUUUGAAUGCGGAUGUCGAGAUUGUGAAAAAAUUGAAGUUGGUUGGUUACCCAUACAAGAUAUUCCGUAACACAGCAUUUAUCAGAGAUAUGUUUUCGUCUGCGAUGGAAGUUGCGAGAUUUGAAGGUGCCGCAAUUAAGACUGUUUCCGGAAUUAGAGGUGAAAUCAAGAGAGCACUUUCAAAGCCAGAUGGGUUCUUCAGGGCUACCUUUGAAGAUAAGAUAUUGGCCAGUGACAUUGUGAUAUUAAGAUCAUGGUAUCCUGUUCAUGUGAGGAAGUUCUAUAACCCAGUCACAUCAUUAUUGCUGAAGAAUAAGGAAAAUUGGAAAGGUAUGAGACUUGUUGGCCAGAUAAGGGCCUCGAGAGGUAUUAGUACACCAAUGAGGAAGGACUCGGCAUACAAGAAGAUAGAAAGACAAACAAGAAGAUUUAACGGCUUGAGGGUUCCGAAGGAGAUCAAGGCAAACCUUCCAUUCAAGAGUCAAAUCCAUGAGAUGAAGAAGCAGAAGAAGAAAACGUACUUGCAGAAACGUGCAGUUGUUCUCGAAGGUUCAGAAAAGAAGGCAAGAACUUUAAUUCAAACGAUUCAAACUAUUAGAAAGGAUAAGGAGGCUAAGAGGAAGACCAAGAAGAGAGCAAAGAACGAAGAGAGAAAGAAGAAAUUGAACAAGCUGCAGAGGGAGAUGGAAGACAGAAAGAAAACGAGAAAGAAGGAAUAUUUCAGAGAAAACGGGGGUAAAAGAAAGCUGGCAGCUAGUGAAUCUGGUUCUGAGGCUUUUGGAAAUAAGAGGAGAGAGUAUUAA